UCUCUCCUUCUCCCCCAAAUCGACCCACCUCUGUAAUUGCGUAAUUAGUCUCGCAUAAACUCUGCAAACUGGAUUUCAAGUCUCUUGAUUGCAGUGGGAAACUGAGUGAGUGAGAGAGAAUUCAAUUUCAUUACACGAGAGAGAGAGAGAGAGAGAUGGCGGAAACCAACACCGGCACGGAAAUCCCUCCCAACGUUACAAUUUACAUCAACAAUCUCAACGAGAAAAUCAAGCUCAAUGAGCUGAAGAAGUCGCUUCACGCGGUGUUCUCACAGUUCGGGAAGAUUCUGGAGGUUUUGGCGUUCAAGACGCUCAAGCACAAAGGCCAAGCCUGGGUCGUCUUCCAGGACGUUUCUUCCGCCUCCAAUGCGAUUCGCCAACUGCAGGGCUUCCCCUUCUACGACAAGCCUAUGAGAAUACAAUUUGCCAAAACAAAAUCAGAUGUAAUAGCAAAGGCUGAUGGUACUUUUGUUCUACGGGAGAAACGAAAGAGGCAUGAAGAAAAAGGAAAGAAGCGAAAAGACCAAGUUGAUGCUAACCAAGCUGCAAUGGGUCUGAAUCCUGCUUAUGCUGGUGCAUACGGUGCAGCACCACCUCUUUCACAAAUACCUCAUCCUGGUGGUGUAAAGUCUGUCGUACCGGAGGCUCCUGCUCCGCCAAACAACAUACUGUUUGUUCAGAAUCUUCCACAGGAAGCGAAUCCCAUGAUGCUGCAAAUGCUCUUCUGCCAAUUCCCUGGUUUUAAGGAGGUUAGAAUGGUGGAGACGAAGCCCGGUAUAGCCUUUGUGGAGUAUGGAGAUGAGAUGCAGUCAACAGUUGCAAUGCAGGGUCUCCAAGGUUUCAAGAUAACACCACAGAAUUCAAUGUUAAUUACCUACGCGAAGAAAUAGUAGACAAAGCAAUCUCUGUUGUUUUGAUAUCUUUUUGAACCGCGAGCUUCGAUCCUAACUUGAACGUUAUCAUCUCUCUUUACAGUGUCAUGUAUCAUGCGUUAAGGUGUUAUUUUAUCAUUGUUAUUAGGAGAUCAUAUUCCCGUGCUUUGGUCCCCCUAGUUAGAAAAGAACUAAAGAAUCAGAAAAAAAGACAACGGAAUAGUCAGUUCGGCUUCGCUAACUACUGCUUUGAGAAUUAGCAACUAAAACUAUGUAGAUGUCUCUUGAAAUCUACUAGUUGAUUGCUUUGUAGUAAAACAAAAGAUUAUUCUUCUCACUAUUAUCACUCUUGUUAUCAUUUGCA